AUGUUAAUUUCAGUUGCCACCUUUACCUCCAACAAAAACACCAAACCCAACAAAAUCUCUCAAAUAUCGUACUCUGUUUCUAUUUCCUCCCUUGCUCCAUAACCAUGGAAUACAGGACCUUAGAACUCAACAUCAUAUCCGCUAAAGACCUCAAAGAUGUUAAUCUUUUCUCCAAGAUGGACGCAUACGCCGUCGUUUAUCUCUCCGGCGACACGCUCCACCCUCAGAGUGCCACCACCCAUGUUCACAAAGACGGCGGCACCAACCCCACGUGGAACUUCACCGUUAAAUUCUCCGUUAACGAAUCGCUGGUGCAUCAGAACCGGUUAUCCCUCGAGGUCAAGCUCAUGUCCGACCGCACCCUCGCCGGCGACACCGUCAUCGGCACCGUCCACGUCCCUCUCAAGGAACUUCUCGACAAUCCCGGCGACGGCAACUCCUUCCGGCAAGUUAGUUACCAGGUGAGGAAACCCUCCGGGAAGACCCAGGGCUCGUUUAAUUUCUCCUACAAGUUCGGUGAACAAGUCGCCGCUCCGGCGACGAAAUCGGCGGUGAAGAAGCAGGAGCCGGUGAUGGCUUAUCCUCCGCCGGGGGCGGCAGCAGCGGGGAGUAGCUCGGUGCCGUAUGGGGCGUCGUAUCCUCCGCCGCCGCCACAAUACGCCGCUGGACAUGGCUACCCGCCGCCACCGCAGGCGUAUGGUGGUUAUCCGCAGGCACAAUCGGGUUAUGGUUACGGGUACCCGCAACAACCGGGUUAUGGGUAUCCGCAACAAUCGGGUUAUGGUUAUCCGCAACAACCGGGUUAUGGGUAUCCGCAACAACCGGGUUACGGGCAUGCAGCGGGUCAGAAACCUAAGAAGAACAAGUUUGGAAUGGGGUUGGGAGCAGGGUUGCUUGGAGGUGCAUUGGGUGGAAUGUUGAUUGGGGACAUGGUAUCUGAUGCUGCUUCUUAUGAUGCUGGUUACGAUGCUGGCUUUGAUGAUGCUGGAUUUGAUUUUUAAUUUUCUAAAAGAAUUAUCUUGUUUUUCGGAUUUCACUUUUUUUUUUUUGUUGGGGCUGUAUAAUGAAUUAAUGAUGUUCUAUGAGGUUGCCUUUUGGUUUUGUUGAAGUUAACCUGACUGUAUAUUUAUCUGAUAUGAUAUAUAACAUGCA